AUGGCGUCUAGCAGCCCGGCCAUAACCUUGCAGAAGAUAGCAGGAGACUGCAUCAAAUCAGUGCGGUCGAUUGUUCCUCCGGAAAAUGAGGAGGAAGCAAUCGAUCUUAUUGUGAACAUAUGGUCAACUCUGGCGGCGCAGAUGUCUCACAGCCUCAAAGUGGGCAAGUCGAUGUCUCUGAUGCCGUUGGGAGUGCUUUUCAAUCGAUCUGCUUCCAAGCAGCUGGAGCCACAGCUGGCCAUUUCUGAGCUUUUCUUGCUGCAGUAUGGCAUCUCGAUGAAGCCGGGCGACCAGGGACAACCUGGUCCCAGCACGAAAGCUGCGUACGGAGAGAUUGCAGCUGCAGUGCAUGUGGCCGACAAAGCCAUCAUACCGAACGUCAUCAAUGCGGUGCUUCACCGGUUCGGAGAGAUGUGUGCCCAGCACGCGGUGGUCCAGGUGGACUUCGCCCCACUUGGGGAGCUCAAGUGCGAGCACCAGCGCUUGGAAUUCGUCUCCUCCAGUGUUCAGACGAAGGAGAUGGCUCCUUCUACUGAGCCGGGAAAGACGGUGAAAUCACUGAUGCAGAGACGGGGCCGUAAACCGGACCCAUUGCCCUCCGAAGGUCCGCCCAUGGUCCCGGGCAUCGCCGUCACCAUACGGGCAGAGGAGGACAGCCUCAACAUCCCAAGUGAUGCUUUGAAAUCAGGCUGGACAGGUCGCUCUGCUCCGGGCCAAGCCCCAUCGCCACGGCGACCACAGGGACUCAGCCCCGCGGCCCACGCCACACAAAGCCUUGAGUCGAAGUCCAAUUUGGAGCUCUUUGUGAAAUCGCAUCCAGCGAAGGCGAUCGACUACCCGCCGCUGCUCGAUGAGUUCUCGCGCACGUUGGCAGCGCCGUACGGUGAGGACCUCCAGCACGGGAGCAGCUCUGGAAGAAUAGCGUCGCACCUUUCGCCCUUGGCCGGGAUGUUAGUCUGGAGCCAUGAGGCCAAGUGCUUGAAGUGGCGGAUCAAGAAGCUUCCAAAGAAGGACAGCAAAGGUCAGAACCCCGAGUUCGCACCUUCAGACGUCCUGGAGCGAACGUUCGAGAACAGUCAGAUACUUCCAGGCUCCUCCCUCGACUUGGAGCUGAAGGAUGCAGGCAUCUCGAGGCGUGUCUUCUAUGGCACGCUGCUGCGAUACAACUACUACAUUGAAGAUGGGAUUGCCGACAGCGCCGUGGCGCCCAUCAACCCGGAGUGGGUCGAAAACGUAGGUUUUUUGGUUGAGGCAGAGCGCCUGUUCAAGGAUCUGCCCGUCGAGGUGACCAAGCAGAUUACGUUAGACGUCACCUUGGAGAUGAAAGCUGGGUACGAGCGUGCCUGCAAGCGUGCAAUCGCGGACUACAUCUUCAAGGACCCUGCCACUCGCGAGCGAGCACUGGUACCAUUUCUGCCCACGCCAAUACCUGACUGGGGAACUGUUCCCUUCGAGGGCAUCGAAGGCACGGUAGGUGGACCUCCGGCCGAAUGGCGAGAUGGAAUCGAGGAAAGUCGGAACUCAGUGGUGCGGAACCUCACAGUUUGCAAUCAAUCGGCUCUACGCCUUCUGUACCUGUGGUACGGCAUGGGCUAUGGGUCCAUGCUCCUAGUGGACCUCCCGCCUCCUUCGACGGCCAUGGUAGACAUCGACCACUUUUCCGAAAGGCAGAAAGCUUGCUGCCACGAGGUGUUUGCAAAGUUCAAGUCACAGUGGUUUGAGGAAGUCUGUGCCAUCCUCCGCGAGGAGAACCUGCACUUGAGGAGCCCUGCAGAACAACGAUUCUUCGCCGGGAUCAGGGCGCUGCUGUCGGUACAGACUCGGGAGCUGGUUGCGCAGUCUGUGGCUGCCUAUGCCGACUUCUUCCGGCGUUUUGAUGACCCCAAGCCCCUGAGUCCAGAAGAGGUUGUGCGGCUCAAGGAUACGGAUGAUCGCCAGGAUGCCUUCCUUGUCGUCAAGCUGGUGCCGAAAGGUGACGAAGUGAAACUCAAGGACUCAACAGAGCGCGUGGUCGAACGUGUGGUCAGAGUGUUCAAAGAGUUCGUCGUAUGCCUGAACGACAUCCCAUCGCCCGAAAGUCGCAUUCAGGGUGGAGGAAGCGGGGCCAAAGAGAGUUCCAAGAACCUGUGGGGUACUUUCCUGGAGGAGGAGUACGUGCAGGAGGCCCAGAAGCUCAUCGAGCAGACGGUGCAGUUCAACAUGGGCAACGCUUCCGAGGCCGAGCGAAUCUACAAUGAGUAUACCUUCCUCAUCACCGAGGAGGAAAGGAUCAAGGAGUUCUUGAAGGAUUCUUCGGCAUCAAUACCGAAGUACUUAGAGAAAGUCGAUGCCCUGAAGGCAAUCGAUCUCCGCAUCCGGCAGCAGCUGCCCAACGAGAUGCGCAUGCAGAUGGUGACCGUGGAUUGCCGGGAGCUGAACGAAACACUUCGGAGCCGCGCUGCUGACUGCAUGAGCAUCUUGCUGGAGCACGUGGUCGGCAUGAACUUGGAGAGGAACGAAAGGCUCUGCAAAAGCUUCGGCAACAUCGUCGCGUCGCUCUCCAGGAAGCCCAGCAGUGCAGCAGAACUUGUCGACUUCGAACAGCAGCUGGAGCAGUUCCGAGGAAACACCUUGAAGGAAAUGACUGACGAGUUUCAGGACAUCCGUGCCUGGCAACAGAUGCUCUUCGACUGUGAGCACCUGCUUGAGCAGCGUUCCUUCAAGACAUCGGAUUGCGCUCUUCGUGGGUGCCAUGGAUAUAGCAUGGCUGAGACUCGGAAGCUUUGCGCUGAGGAUCUGGAGGCCCAGGCACUCACCGCAGCUGCAUGGGAGUCGCCUGACUUUCAGCGCGCAGCGGAGGUACUGACGACCCCGUCCAGCGGGGUGCGAGGAUGCCCAGUGAAUCCAGAACGUGGGCACCUGCAGGCUCUGCAGAUGGCUGUGGAGUGGACACUAGGAGGAUUCGACACGCGGCCAGUUCCGGAGGCCGCCGAGAAGAAACAGCGCGAUCGACUUGAGAUCCUGCUGCACUACCGGCAGCCGGAGGAGGAAGCUGGAAUGAAGCCGCGGGUGAGGAUGUAUGACUACCUUUGCGACACCCUGUUCCACGUGCCCAUGAAGAUAGUCGGGCCUGAGGUCGUCAUCCCGGAGUUUCGGGACUUGGACGGACAGCUGGUGAAGCCUGUAUGGAUGGAGGCUGAUUUUUGCGGUGGCUUCGAACGACCAAAGCCUGUCUUCGCCGCCAACCGCUAUCCCUACCAGCUGCCGGAGAGGCCUGGCAAAAACCCCCUGCAGCAACGCGCGCAGCAUUGGCUGCUGUGGUACUUGCACUUCCCCUGGGAGGAGGUGGCGGAUUUUCCGGACGAUGUCAUCGAUCAGGACGUAAGGCGGGAGCUGAUGAAGAUUGUGCACUCCGAGGGCUUCGAGAAGGUCGACUACAUCUGGUAUCGUAAUCCUGCAGCCAGCGUUCCAGAGGUGUUCCACGUGCAAGUCUUCUGGAUCAUCCCACAGGAUGCCCAGUCUUCCCUGGCCUGA